AUGCAGGAAAACUUCUCAACUAUGAGCAUCCGCAGGAUUUUGGCGGAUAGUUUGCCUCAAAAGGAACUUAACUGGUCAAUCAUCCCUUUUUCGGACUACUAUGACGGGCAAAUUUUCAAUUUUGAAAGAUGUAACGCCCUUUCGGUGCCUAGCUGCCAUGCCACCCAAAGGAAGCAUGAGGGCUGGGAUACUGCCAGGUUGCCCAAGUCCAGGCAGAGAAAAUCGAGAGCCGGAGGUCGGAUUCUAACCACGGACCUACGGACUCAGUAUGUUCUUGCAACCCAUAUGAACUUUGCCGGUAAAUAA